CCCGGAAAAAACAAGCGGGAGUAGAGAAUCAGUGAGAGGUGUUUGUCGCAACUCUCAAAACCCUUGGGCCAGGGUUUUUAGGGUAUAACCACUCAUUUGAACUCGCAGCUUCGGUAACCACCUUCUCAACGUUGUCGUGUGUGUGGCUUUCGAUCAAACCAUUUUUGAUUUAUAUGUCGAUCUAAGAGCUUAAGCAAGUGCAAGAUCAACAAAAAUGGCGUUGGCGUUCGACGAAUAUGGGCGGCCCUUCAUAAUCUUAAGGGAACAAGAAAGUAAGAGCAGGCUAAGAGGUUUAGAUGCUCAGAAAGCCAACAUUUCCGCCGGCACCGCCGUUGCUCGCAUCCUCCGGACUUCUCUUGGUCCUAAAGGCAUGGACAAGAUGCUCCAGAGCCCCGACGGCGACAUCACCAUCACAAAUGAUGGUGCAACAAUCUUGGAGCAAAUGGAUGUUGACAAUCAAAUUGGUAAACUGAUGGUUGAACUCUCAAGGAGUCAAGACUAUGAGAUAGGUGAUGGAACAACAGGAGUUGUUGUUAUGGCUGGAGCACUUCUAGAACAAGCUGAACGACUAUUAGAACGUGGUAUUCAUCCAAUUCGUGUUGCAGAAGGCUAUGAGAUUGCUUCAAAGAUUGCUGUUGAUCAUUUGCAACAAAUCUCACACAAGUUUGAGUUCAAUCCUACAAAUAUAGAACCCCUUGUUCAAACUUGCAUGACUACCUUAUCCUCCAAGAUUGUGAACCGUUGCAAAAGAAGUUUGGCUGAGAUUGCUGUGAAGGCAGUAAUGGCAGUUGCUGAUUUAGAGAGGAAGGAUGUUAACUUAGAUCUGAUUAAAAUUGAGGGAAAAGUUGGUGGGAAAUUGGAGGAUACAGAGCUUAUUUAUGGGAUUCUUGUUGACAAAGAUAUGAGUCACCCUCAAAUGCCAAAGCAUAUUCAGGAUGCUAAAAUUGCCAUUUUGACUUGCCCCUUUGAGCCUCCAAAGCCAAAGACUAAGCAUAAGGUUGAUAUUGAUACAGUUGAAAAGUUUCAAACUUUACGUGAGCAAGAAAGGAAAUACUUUGAUGACAUGGUUCAACAAUGCAAGGAUGUUGGGGCUACAUUGGUAAUUUGCCAAUGGGGUUUUGACGAUGAAGCAAAUCACUUAUUAAUGCACAGAAACUUGCCUGCUGUGAGAUGGGUUGGUGGUGUUGAGUUAGAGCUUAUAGCAAUAGCCACUGGUGGAAGAAUUGUCCCUAGGUUUCAGGAAUUAACAGCAGAAAAGCUAGGCAAGGCUGGUUUGGUUAGAGAGAAAUCAUUUGGCACCACAAAAGAUCGGAUGCUAUAUAUUGAGCAUUGUGCUAAUUCAAAGGCUGUAACCAUAUUUAUUCGUGGGGGUAACAAGAUGAUGAUAGAGGAGACAAAACGCAGCAUUCAUGAUGCAUUAUGUGUUGCAAGAAAUCUCAUCCGCAAUAACUCUAUUGUAUAUGGUGGUGGGGCACCAGAAAUUUCAUGCUCAAUUGCAGUUGAAGCAGCUGCUGAUAAAUAUCCAGGAGUUGAGCAGUAUGCUGUGAGGGCUUUUGCAGAUGCUUUGGAUUCUGUUCCCAUGGCUCUUGCAGAGAACAGCGGUCUGCAACCCAUUGAGACACUAUCUGCAGUCAAAUCUCAGCAAAUAAAGGAGAAGAAUGCGUGUUGUGGGAUAGAUUGCAAUGAUGCUGGUACAAAUGACAUGCGUGAGCAAAAUGUAUUCGAAACCCUAAUUGGAAAGCAACAACAGCUGUUGCUUGCGACACAAGUUGUGAAGAUGAUUUUGAAAAUUGAUGAUGUCAUCUCCCCCUCUGAGUAUUGAUUUGAUUUCCAGGUAUUUGACCCUUUUACCCUUUUUUUUCAAAGUCCUCAUUUUUGUGUUGUCGUAGAAAACUAGAAGUAUGGUAUGGUGUGAAUUGAACUUGUUUGUAUUGUUAAUCCUUAAAACCAUUAAACAAUGCAUUAUUAUUAUUAUUAUUUUUUUUUAUCUGUAUUUGAUAUUUAUAAUCAGUACCAG